CCCAGGUAUUUGGACGGUAAACAUUAGUUCGUUUUGUUUAUGAAAUGGCUUGUCUUGUGAGUGAGAAGGUGUACAGUUGGAAGGACACUAACCUUGCACUUUUCGGGUCCGAUGUAGAAAGAGCUGUAAAAAAGGAAUCUGCUGAGAAAGAGCCAGCAUGGGGACCGGUACGAAAGAUUGCCUCCUCUACUCUAAUGGUCUGGCGAAUAAAAAAUUUCCAGUUAGAAGUUGUUCGAGGUGAAGACAUUGGCAAAUUUUUCCGCGGUGAUUCCUAUAUUGUUUUAAAUACAGAAAAAGUUGGUGAUGAACUGUUGUAUGAUGUUCAUUUUUGGAUUGGACGUGAAAGCACUGCGGAUGAAUACGGAACAGCGGCUUAUAAAACGGUUGAAUUGGAUACUUUUCUUGACGAUAAAGCAGUUCAACAUCGAGAAGUUGACGGAUUUGAGUCUGAUUUGUUUAAAACUUAUUUUAAUCGCUUUGAAACUCUUGCAGGUGGAUAUGCAAGCGGAUUUAAUCAUGUAAAACCGAACGAAUAUAGACCUCGUCUUUUACUGUUUCAUUCAGUUGAUCGUAAAAAUAUGGAAUUGAUUGAAGUGCCAUUUUCAAGACGUUCUUUGGAUUCAACAGAUGUCUUUAUUUUGGAUAUGGGUACUGAAGCAUAUCAGUGGAAUGGACGUGGGUGCACUAAAGAAGAAAAAUUCAGGGCAAGUCAGUUUUUACAACAACUGGAGUCUGAUCGAAAUGGAAGGUGUAAAACUGAGGUGACAGAUGAAGAUGGUUCUGAGGAACAUAAAAAGUUCAUUAGUUUAUUGCCAGACGUUGCAAUAGAAAAGAAAGUUGAACAAAAAAUAGGCAAGAAAGUAAUUUACAGAGUUUCAGAUGAAAGUGGUAAAAUGGAGAUUUCACUUGUGUGUGAAAAUGCAUUGCCGAAAGCGUCCCUAACAGAAAACGAUGUGUAUCUCAUUGACAGUGGACAAUCUCUAUUUGUUUAUAUUGGAGUGAAAUGUAGUAGACGGGAAAAAUUGGAUGCAUUAUCUCAUGCACAUGAUUACUUACAAAAAACUGAUCAUCCAUUCGCUCCAAUCACUGUUGUAUCGAAUAAUCGUAAAUCGAAAGAAUUGGAUAAACUGCUCGAAUAGUAUUGAAUAGCAGUUAGAAAAAAGGUGAAUGAUCAUGUCAACUUUAAUUAAAUGGACUGAGAUUUCAAGUAAUAUUAAUUCUGUCAGUAUUCAUAAUAUCAUUACAAUAUAUUCUGAAGUUAUAUUUACACUUAUAAAGUGUAUUAUUAUAUGCAUGAAUACUAUUUAUUUGUACUUUAAUUAUCUUAUCUCGUUAUUUAUUCAACCAAUAUUGGUUUGAAUAUAAUGUGUUAUGUGCUUUCAAAUAAAUAAUUGUUUUUCUUCCUAA